AUGGGGCCAUGUGUCCGCCUGGCCCCCGUGGCACAGGGGCUGCGGAGGGCCAGUGGAGCUGCAGCAGCCAAAACUGGGCACUCGCGGCGCUUUGGGCGCUUCACGCAUGGAGGGCACCGGCGAGCUGCGGAGGAGGCUGGAGCAGUGCCCGCUGGCGCAGGCCACCCCGCUGGGCCGCAGGGACCUCGCGGGCACUGGGCCCCCGGAGGCCGCCACGUGCCCGGGCGUGGUGAGAGCCGGCCACGACGCCCGGGCCCCCGGGGUGGCAAGCGAGGCCCCAGCCACUGUCCGCCCACCCGGCCAGCCACACCGCAAGCGAGACGCAGCCCCCGAGGCGCGGUUCCUGCCCUGGGCACGGCCUGGCCCGGAGCACGAGGGGCGCCUGGCGCGGCGGGCCGGGAGCCCGAGAGGAGGCCACUGAGGGUGGGCGAGAGGAAGGAUGGUGGCGUGCCGGCCUCCGAAGGAAGAAGUGCCCGGAGCAAGGGCAAGGGGCGCCGGGUCCGGCCCACCUCCCCGGAGCAUGAGUCCUCGGACGCCUCCUACGUCUCGGCGGACGAGGACCCGCUGGAGGCGCCCGUCUUCGAGAUCCCCAUCCAGGACACGGCCGUGACUGUGGGGGGCGAGGUGCUGCUCAAGUGCAUCGUCACUGCCAACCCCUGCCCCGAAGUGUCGUGGCGUAAGGACGGGGUGCCCCUGCGCAGCUCAGUGGCGCGGCUGAUCCGGGCAGAGGGCGAGCGCCACACGCUGCUGGUGCGCGGGGCCCGGGCGGCCGACGCCGGGCUCUACACUGUGGCGGCCGCCAACGAGGUGGGCGAAUCCUGCUGCGCUGCCUGA